AUGGGACUUGAUGCCAAAGCAAAAUUUGUCUUCCUGCAAGAGAAAACUGCUGAAAGCAUCGAAAUUCGAUGUCUAGACAAGACACUCUACUGUUUUUAUAGAAUAUUGGAAUACUUUUUUCCAAACAUAACUACAAAUACAAUUGAAUUAACAGUAACAUCAGAUGUAGUCGAGGAAGUUAUUUAUCGGUUGAUUGCUUUAAGGAAGCUAGUAGGGAAACCAUCUACGAAUUCUGAUUAUGGUUAUUACAACACAUUCAGCUUUGCAGCGUUCUUCAAUUUCACCACCAAGAAAAGUUUCAAAGGUGUAAGAAAUGUAUUACUAUCACUGCGUUUUCCUUUUGUUACUGGAAUAUAUUAUCUAGAUGUCGUAUUAUCGGAAUGCUCUAACAAAUCUUCGCAUACAAACUUUAAUAAAUGGUUUGUAGUUCCGGAUGGACUUAGUCACAAUCUUACCUAUAAUAAACUUUCUAGUCAUCGUACUGGGAGUGAUUGCAUUAUAACUAGGACUACCCAUUUUUUUUACUCUAUGGAUGAGAAAAACCGAAUGGUAUUGCACAACUUGGAUAAUUCUAAACCAUCAGCUAAAUACAAAAUUAUGUAUCCUUAUCAAUUUAUGAAUUAUCUCGAGAAAAUGAAAACAUAUAAUUAUUCAACCGGUAUUCAUAAAAACAGAAUGAUUUUCGCAACAUGUAGUAAACAUCUGAUAAAUGUUGAAAUUUUAGAUUUGAAUACUGGAGAAAGUUCCACCAAAUUAAUUGUAUUAUUAAAUGGUGAAGAAAUGCAUAAAGUAAUUUCUUUUGAUGAUAGACCAGUAGUUAUACAACUAAAGAUAUUGAAAGGAAAGACUCUAAAAUAUUACGACUUCAAGGAUAAUUCUUGGCAUUCCAUCAACAUUCAAAAUCUUCCAAUUCUAACUACUGGUAUAACAAAUACAGAAAUGAUGGAUGUAACUUGCUUCCAAAAGCAAUGGUUUAUUAUAAACUAUGAAUAUCAAACUGGGUAUGUGAUUAAAUUGAAGAAUGCAUUGAAUAAUCUGAUAUAUAGUAUAGCGGAUAUAAAAGCAUCCUUACAGCACAGUCGAUUUAUUAUAGUUUGUUUAAUGGCAUCACAUCCUUUAGUAACCAUUUAUUUCAACGUUGCUAAAAACGAUUAUGAAGUUUAUCCAUAUAUUGAUGAUGACAUGAUUGAAGGAGCAGAGUUUAUUCCUGGUCAAUUAAAUUUAUCUGAGACAACUUACCAAGAUCAAGAAGUUUUCCCGCUGGUAGAGUACAAGUCCCCUUUGGUAACUUCAGCCGGCGGUCGUUUAAAACUGAAAUUUUCAGAUUGCUCCAUUUGUGUGGACCGUACAAUUAUGAAAUUGUAUUUUAAAUUUUUUGAUAGUUGUUGGCUUUCAAAUCAAAUCGAUAUGAUUAAACUAGGGCUUGAUCAUUCAAGCUUGAUGUUGGCAAUAGUAGAAUUUAUAAACGAUCAUUUUAAUAAUUAUUUCUGGUCUAAUUUCACUCCAGUGCCUAGUAUGAUGAAAAAGCACCUUCAAGAUUUUAAUAAGGAGGACAUUAGCAGAAUUUUUGAUAUUUUAAUUCUUAAAUUUAGUCUUAAGUAG